AAAUGCGGGGAGCUAAAGCUACUCUAAAAAAAGAUUCGCAAAUCGAACGACGCUUCAACUUUCCCCCUUCAACUUUUAAUUUUUAAACAAAGAUAUUGCUCAAUGUGAGAAAACAACUAUUGUGUAGCUCCGUAGCCAUGAUCAAGGCACAGAGAACACCAUUUGUAUGCCUCCAAUGCCGGUUAGUUGGACCCAGGACAAGACAGCGCCUCCUACGAGGUUCUGCGACGGCACGUCUAUUCUCUAGUUCUACCUUUCGAUAUAAAUCUAGCACCAACCCUGCUAGUAUAAAUCCCGGUUCCGAUGACAUACCCAUCUUGUCCCGACCUCCAACGGCCCCUAAGGCUAACAUAGAUAUCAAACAUAUCCGGCAGAAUGCGGCCCUGUACGAACAAACAUGUCUUGAAAGAAAUUACAAGACCCAAAGCGCAUAUCCCUCCCGCAUCAUCGACUUAUUUGCGCAAUGGCAAACCCGACAGAGAGAUAGCCGUAGCAUGCGUGAGAGGGGCAAUGUCUUGCGUCGACAAAUCGCAAAUCCUGCUACUAUACAGCAUGAGGACGAUGAGACCGAGACCGGAUCGGGAGAGGCGAAGCCGACUGCUACUACCACAGGAGAGGACAUCAAAACCUUGUCAAAAGAAGAACUUAUCGAAGAGGCCCGAAUUAUUAAGAACAAGCUAUCGUCUAUCGAAGAGGAUGAAGCCCGUCUCGAGGCGCAAAUGACAGAGCUCGCGCUCGCCAUUCCCAACUUAACUAGCCCGGAAACGCCGCGUGGAGACGAGCCCCGCGUUCUUAGUUACAUCAAUGAGCAGCCGGAGACAGAAGUCUCCUCGUCGGAUCGUGUAUGGCGAUCCCAUGUGCACAUCGGGUCCGAAUUAGGCCUACUUGAUUUUACCGGCGCGGCGACGACGUCUGGCUGGGGAUGGUACUACUUAAUAGAUGAAGGCGCUCAGUUAGAACAGGCGCUUAUCAGCUACGCGCUUGCUGUCGUGACCAAGGAAGGCUCUGGCUGGCGCCAGGUAGCACCGCCAAGCAUCGUAUACAGCCACAUCGCUGCAGCCUGUGGGUUCCAGCCGCGCGACCAGAACGGCGAGCAACAGGUUUACACCUUGGCCCAGUCCGCUGCCGAUGCCCAGCGAGGGAAACCUGAACUCUGUCUAGCGGGUACUGCCGAGAUCCCACUCGCCGGCAUGAAAGCCGACACACUUCUAGAAGAAGCUGAUCUACCUAUAAAAUAUAUCGGUGUGUCGCGAUGCUACCGCGCAGAAGCGGGCGCCCGUGGCGUCGACACCAAGGGUCUGUAUCGCGUGCACGAGUUCACCAAGGUGGAGAUGUUCGCAUGGACGCCGCCCGACUCGGACGCCACCGCCGAGGUAUUCGACGAGAUGCUCGACUUACAAACCGAGAUCCUUCUGGGACUAGGCCUAUCGUGUCGUGUGCUUGAAAUGCCAUCAACCGACCUCGGCGCAUCCGCCACCCGUAAGUGCGACAUCGAGGCUUUCUUCCCGAGCCGCCGCGGCCCGGGCCGUGACGGCUGGGGUGAGGUCACAAGUGCUAGCAUUUGCACUGAUUACCAAACCCGCCGAUUAGCUACGCGACUGCGCGGCACGGCAGGUACCGGUGGCAAAUUAACAUAUCCUUGGACCGUCAACGGCACUGCGCUUGCUGUUCCCCGCGUCCUAGCCGCGCUGCUAGAGAACGGAUGGGACGAGGCUGAGAUGACAGUUGAUAUUCCCGAAUGUCUUCGGCCGUGGAUGGAUGGAAGAGAGAAGAUUUGGUUGAAACAUCGUCGUAACUAAAAAAGGGGGGGGGCGGGGGCUAUUAGGAGAGUCUAUUUCUAUUUCCAUGUGGAUGCCGAGUCGAUAGGAUUUUCCGAAGAAACAACCUUAAUUACAUUGUCUUUAACUUUGUGAAUAAGUCCUACGAAUUCGAACGUUAAAAGGAGUAAACAGACUAGGUUAUGCUUUUUGUACUAUUAUCUAUCUACCUAUCUAUGUACAGCAUUUAUACCAAUUAUCCCCUAUACGCCAUCGGGCAGUAAAUAACAGGACACGAGCGCGGCGUGGAUAUUAUUAUUAUUAUAUCCCAAUUUACGUCUUUUAUUUACAAGAUGGGGAGAAAGACGAAGGUCACUUGUUAGGAGUGGUUUGCGUAUAAAUGUCUCGUCAUUAUCAUGGAUAUAUGUAACAACACUACACUACAAAAGUUCCCACCACAUCCGCUCUCUCUCGUUCGUAUAACACACGACUGCCGCCACUAUUGCUACUCGUGAUGACCAAUAAAUAGGGUAUGCACCUAAAGCAGGUAACCUAGUUAAUAGUAUACCGAGCCAGUCAAGCAGACCC